AAAAAAUACAAAUCUCACGACCCAUAUUUUUGUUUUUGUUUUUUUAAAAAUUCUUGUCGUUCUUUUUUUUUUUCCCCUUUUUCUGUUGGGAUUUUGUUAACUAGUAAUAGCAGCUUUGGCGGGUGAUGCCAACGCCGGUCGGCACAGCGAGGCAAUGCUUGACGGAGGAGGCGGCGCGUGCACUGGACGAUGCUGUCACCGUGGCGAGGCGGCGGAGCCACGCGCAGACGACUUCACUACACGCCGUCUCAGCACUUUUAGCUCUCCCGUCCUCCACCCUCCGCGAGGCCUGUGCACGGGCCAGGAGCAGCGCCUACUCCCCACGAUUGCAGUUCCGAGCUCUGGAGCUCUCCGUCGGCGUUUCCCUCGACCGGUUGCCCACGACUAAAGCUCAAGACGAGCCGCCGAUAUCCAACUCGCUAAUGGCCGCCAUCAAAAGAUCCCAAGCCAAUCAAAGAAGACACCCCGAAACUUUUCACCUUUAUCAGCAGUUGCAGCACCAGAAUAAUAUUAUUAAUUGUAAUAACACUAGCUCGUCAUCUCCACCCUCGAUUUCGACCGUCAAAGUGGAACUAAAGCAUUUUAUGCUGUCAAUUCUUGAUGACCCGAUUGUCAGCAAGGUUUUUGGGGAGGCCGGCUUUCGGAGCUUCGAUAUAAAGAUGGCAAUUUUAAAUCCCCCCAAUGUUUCGAGGUACUCGAAAGCUCGGUGCCCACCUCUUUUCUUGUGUAAUUUGAGUGAUUUAGAGCUAAGUAAACGUGGGUUUAGCUUCCCUUUUUCUGGGGCUCUGGCAAAUGACAGUUUGGAUGAGAAUUCUCGGAGGAUUGGUGAGGUUCUUGUGAAAAAGACUGGGAAAAAUCCGUUAUUGGUUGGGGUUUGUGCUGAUGGUGCGCUUCAUGAUUUCACAGAUGUUGUCAAGAAAGGUAAAGUUGGAAUCUUGGGGAGAGAAAUUGAUGGGUUAGGUGUCGUUUGUUUGGAAAAGGAGAUAUCCGAGUUUUUGCAGGCGGGUGGGAAUGAGGAAAUGAUGAGGUUUAAGUUUAAGGAAGUCGAUGAUUUAGUUAAGGCUAAUAAAGGAAAUGGUUUACUUGUUAGCUAUGGUGAGUUGAAGGCUUUUGUGGGCGAUGAGGAAUCUGGGGAGGCAGUGAACUACGUCGUUUCUCAAUUAAGUAGAUUGGUGGAGGUUCACUGUGGGAAGUUAUGGUUAAUCGGAUGUGCGGCUAGUUAUGAUACUUAUAUGAAGCUUUUAGGUCGGUUUCCAUCAAUUGAGAAAGAUUGGGAUUUGCAUUUGGUGCCUAUUACUUCAUCCAAACCUCUGGUGGGAGGAGUCUACUCCAGACCCGGCUUGAUGGGGUCAUUUGUCCCAUUUGGUGGCUUUUUCUCUACACCAUCUGAUUAUGAAAAUCCAUGGAGUAUCAAGAAUCAACCCAUGGGUCGGUGCAAUGUAUGCAAUCAAAAGUGUGAAGUAGAAGCAUCUGUCAUACAGAAAGGAGGAUCCACUAUUUCAGUUGCUGAUCAAUGCUCAGCAAAUUUAUCUCCUUGGCUGCAGAUUAUGGAGCGUGACAAAAACAAGAGAUUGGGUGUAGAAGAGGCCAAAGAUGAUAGAACAGAUUUGAAUGCCAAGCUAUUGGCCCUUGAAAAAAAGUGGAAUGAUAUAUGCAAGCAUCUUCAUCAGAAAAUGUCAUUCCAGCAAAAUAUUUCAGAGGCCAGGUUGCAAGUUCCAAAAGCUGAUACCUUUCAGUUUGUUUCUGCUAGGAGUGAGAGCAGUAUUACAGAUUCACUGCUUGAUGAGAGAAAACCUGCAAAACCAAAUUCUUGCAUGCCCUUGGACUUGCAACCCACCUCCCUGCCAAAAUUGAACAUUGUAAAGCAAAUUCCUCAUGAUGCUUUUGCUGAUUCCCCAGCAGAAUCACCAGCGCAGGGAUUGCAGACAGGAAAUUUUUUAAACCCAUAUGGUACUUUCCACAAUUUAGGCAUUGCCCUGGAUCAAACAACAUCAUCGUCUAUAACCUCUGUUACAACAGAUUUGGGGCUUGGAACCCUUUACACAUCUGCUUUGGAAGAGCCUACUAAACCAAUAUUUCAAGAGUAUAAAGAUUGCCUUGACAAUUCAGGUUCAGUUUCUGCUAAUACAUCUAGUGAGAACACCUCGAAUCAUGUUGCCCAAUCUUCUCCCUGCUCUGUGCCUCCAUCAGAUGGAAAUGAUUUCAAGUACAUUUGGAGGGUUCUUUCUGAAAAAGUUGGUUGGCAAGAUAAGGCUGUUUAUACCAUUCACCAAACUGUGGCUUCUUGCAGAAAUGGGCAUGGAAAAAGACAUGGUUCGAACAAAGGAAAUAUUUGGCUCAGCUUUCUUGGACCAGACAAGGUGGGAAAGAGAAGAAUUGCUGCUGCACUCGCUGAGGCAAUUUUUGGCCGCAGAGAAAGCUUGUUUCAAGUUGACCUUUGCUUCAUAGAUAAAGUUAGACGCUCAAGCACUAUUUUUGACCGUGAAGAUCUGAAAGGUUGUGAGCUAAACUUUAGGGGAAAGACCAUGGUUGACUACAUUGCUGAGGAGCUGAGCAAGAAGUCUCAUUCAGUUGUGCUCUUGGAGAACAUAGAUAAGGCUGAUUUCCUUCUUCAGAACAGUUUGUCUCAAGCUAUCAGAUCUAACAAGUUUCCAAACUCCCAUGGGAGAGAAAUCAGUUUGAACAAUAUGAUUUUUGUGUUUACUUCAAGGGUUUCAAAAGGCUGUGAUGGCUUCCUCUCUGGGCAGACAUCCACUGAGUUCUCAGAAGAAAGAAUUCUGGCAGCCAAAGACGUGCAAAUGCAAAUUUCAGUUGGAUGUGAUUCUGCAGAUGUGGUCAGAGUUAAAAGUACAAAUUUAAUGAUCACUUCAAAAAAACAAUCAGCCUCUCUAUCUGCAGGUAAAAGAAAGUUGAGUGAUGAUCUUGAAUCUGCUGAAAAUAGGAUGCUGCCAGUACCAAAACGCAAGCCCGAAGCUACAAGGUCGUCUUUUGAUUUAAAUAUGCCUGUGGAGGAGAUGGAACAAGACAAUGAUUGUAAUAGCAGUGACUAUGACUCUGGCUCUGAGAAUACAAAGGGGUGGUUGGAAGAUUUCUUGGACCAAAUGGAUGAAAAUGUGGCCUUCAAGCCUUUCGAUUUUGAUGCUCUUGCUCAGAAAGUUUUGAAGGAAAUCAGCCUAGGAUUCCAGAAGAUAGUUGGAUCUAACUUUCGCCUGGAGAUUGAGUCAGAAAUAGUGGUGCAGAUACUUGCAGCUGCUUGGUUAUCAGAGAGAAAGAAAGCUGUGGAGGAUUGGAUUGAAGGAGUUCUCUGUACGAGCUUUAAGGAAGCCUUACAAAGGUGCACCCGUACCCCUGUUACUGUAAAUGUAAUGAAGUUAAUUGCUUGUGAAGAUCUCCUUGUGGAAGACCAUAGUGCUUUAAUCCGGCUUCCCUCGAGACUAACUAUAAGUUGAUCUUUUCCCCUGAUUGGGUAGGUUUGCAUGUAAUUGAUGAAUGUAUAUGAAUGGUUAUGUAAUUAGUAUCCUGGCCUUGUUUUCGGAGGUGCGAUGUAAUUUUCUGAGUCCACUUUUAUUGAUUAGUGUAUAAUUGGAUAGCUAAUCAAUAGAAAAUUUUACUCCAUUUAUGAAUGUGAUUUUUCUUGAGAUA